UGACGUCAAUGUUGUUUUUCUGGCUGUACCUACAUAGCUACAGUAACGUUAGCUAGAUAAUUUAUUAGUUAGUCAGAAAGGCGUAACUUUGUGUAACUGUAGCUUUUUGAUAGCAAAUAAUCACCAUAUACCGUGCAGAUGGCAGACCCUGCGGUGAUGGCGGGUGGAUUCAGUGCUGUAGUAGGGCGUUCAGGGGGUGGUAAGGCGACGUCCAGUCCUGCAGAGAACUACCAGCUUGCCCGGCGUCGCACCCUCCAAGUGGUGGUGAGCUCGCUGCUGACAGAGUGUGGGUUUGAAAGCGCAGAGAAGGCGGCCGUGGAAUCACUCACUGAGAUGAUCCAGAGCUACAUAUCUGAAGUGGGACGUUGUGCCAAGGCGUACUGUGAACACACAGCCAGAAUCACGCCCACCCUUUCUGACACUGUGGUCACACUCAUUGAAAUGGGUUUCAAUGUGAACACUUUGCCAGUGUAUGCCAAGAGAUCACAGAGGAUGGUUAUAACUGCCCCUCCAGUAACGAAUGCUCCUGUGAUCCCGAAGGCCUUGAUCGCUGGACAGAAACGCACUCAUCCCUCCCACAUACCCAGCCACUUUCCUGAGUUCCCUGAUCCCCACACCUACAUCAAAACUCCAACGUUUCGGGAGCCUGUGUCAGAUUACCAGGUGGUGCGAGAGAAGGCAGCCUCUCAGAGGAGAGACGUGGAGCGAGCUCUCACACGCUUCAUGGCCAAGACCGGAGAAACACAGAGCCUUUUCAAGGAUGACAUCACUGCCUUUCCUUUGAUCGCAGCGCGGCCCAGCUCCAUCCCGUAUCUCAGUGCCCUACUGCCUUCAGAACUGGAGCUGCAGACUUUGGAGGAGACGGACUCCUCUGAACAGGAUGACCAGACCGACAGCGAGAACACGCCAGGCAACAACCUCAAUGAUGAUCCUGGAGCUGAUAAGGAGAAUUCCAUGCUGCCCCCUGGGGGUGUGGUUCCCUCAGUGAAGGCCAGUGAAGAAAACAUGAUUGACAAUCCAUACCUGAGGCCGGUCAAGAAACCCAAAGUGAGGAGGAAGAAGUGAACGUUUACUACACUUAGCUACUAAUUCUGACUUCUAUCUGUCAGACACAAAAAAGGGUCAAUUGUAAGAAGCAGUCAACAGUUCUGUGCCUCUGUGAGAAGUGGACCCACGUGGACAUCUGGAUUAAGGGACUCUCACCUGAACUUUCUACAGGGCAAAUACUGCUCAAUAUGACUUUCUUCACUAGUUACUUUCAUGAGAAAACAAACAUUUUGCUAUUCAUUUUUUUUCCAGAUUUGUGGAGUGGUUCUGUCGUGAAAGAAAAUGUAACAUUUCCAAAUUAUGAGUUCAGUCAUUAAUAAAUAAUGAGUAGGAAAUCAAUGUUUUGAUGACACAUUUUAGCCAAUCACCAAAUACACAUGAGGGCAAAAAUCCGGAAACUUUAUGGUCUACUUUGUAUACCUGGAGAGAAUGGUGAAUAUCUAUAUUAAAGCGGAUAUAUAGAAACACUUUAUUUAUGCUUGUAUCAGGUUGACCCCCUGCAGAGUCAGGAGUACAACAACUGUAGAUAUGUCCUUUGCUUGGCAAACUCCUUGUCACAAAGCAGCUAUGUAAGACAAACAUGCAAUGGCAUUAGAUGUUAUUGCUGAAGAUACAUUUACAAGAAUCUCUGUAUUACUUUGUAUAGUAAUGCAAAGUAAAAUAACACACCUCUGUCCUCAAGGCUUUCCUCUUGAGUCUUGGGCAGUCUACCCCAGUCUGAGGAGCCAAAGUUCAUAGGCUAAAACACCUUCCGGCUCUGAGUAGUAUCAUGAGCAUAUGCCCCGGGGCUGCAUCAGAAAAAACAGCUGUUAGUGGUCAAUCUAUUUGAAGGUUGAUACAUGCAAUGCAUUUAUACAAUAGAUAAUCAGUGUUUUCCUAUCAUGGACAGUUUGGAGAGUGCCAUUGCCAAUAACCACACACUCACCCUGGGUUGGAGUCAGCUGUAACAGGCUUGGUCCUGAACCUAUUUGUGGUGUAGUUGAAAGGGGUUCUUCCAAGAGGGUACUUUACACCAGGUUCUGUCCUGCUGAUACUUCUGAGGGGAAGGAGUGAUUAUCUGGGUGGUGGGAAGAAAACACAUUAACAGAGAAGUGUAUUCAGAGACCUGAAGAUGUACAGAAAGUAGAGGUUACAAUCUGCAUCACUCUCUGGUCUCUUCUGUACAUCACACAGAAUGGUAGCAACUUGAUGGGACAAUGACCAACAUUAAAUGCUUCACAAUUCAAA